AAUUGGACUGAACGUAACCCUGAUCUCUAAGAAUUAAAUGGCUGUUAGCAACUGCAGCAUAGAAGAAAAAAAAUGUCACAACUUUUGCAUUACUUUAGUUUUUUCUCUCUUUUCAGCUGCGUCGGUGUCCACCGCAGAAGUGAUGGUAGCGGGUACAUCCAGCCCUGUGCACCACAUCAGGUCGAAGCGGUGCUCUUGCGCAACCUUCCUCGACAAGGAGUGUGUCUAUUUCUGCCACCUUGAUAUAAUCUGGGUCAACACUCCAGAGCGCACCGUUUCUUAUGGACUAGGCAACGUCGAGAGGAAGAAGCGCUCCUUACGCGAGCUCUCGGACUCAAAGCAAAAGUCACGCUGCAAGUGUAAAGACGAAAAAGACAUCAAGUGCACGACUUUCUGUGAAACAGUAAACAUCAGGUAUCAGACUGCUUCUGUCAAGCAGAUCCACGCCGCCGAAGGCGAUGGCGGUGUGAAGAGGCAAUGCAAACACGAGCUGACUGCCAAGACGAGGAGGAUUAAACGCAGAGAGCGAAGGAGGACGGGCGUAGUGGACCGGACUGCUCGGAGGGGCAGCAGGAAUGCCCGCCUGCUGCUGGAAAAGUGGAGGAACAGGCAACACCACCGCCAAAAAGCAUGGCUCACCAGGAACGCUGCUGCAUAAAGAAAUUCCUGGAAAUCACUGCCAUUCACCUUUGCACUGCGUGGCAAAGGGGGCUCACCCCCGGUCUACCUGCCAGUGAGGAUGCCAGGAUGUGUACAGCUUCCUCAUGCCGGUGUCGGAAUACCCACUGGAGAAGACGCAAAGGCGGGCGUUUCGGGGUGCUGGCGUUCUGUGAGGCCCUCUAAAGAGCUGAAAGAUGUGCUGCGUUUGUACUCCGUUGCCGUGACAACCCUGCUGGGAUUGUCUGGGGUCCCCAUGGAGACUGAGAGGAAGUGGCCCGAGGGGGUUCCCCCGCUGCCCUGCUGGCACACCUGUGGUGGCGUGGUGUGGCACGGGGCUCC